AUGACAAAUGUGAAUCCAACACCUACACCUAUUGCUUUGGGUUUAAAACUUAGUAAGGAUGACAAAAGUCCUAGUAUUGAUGCAACUUCAUUCAAAAGAUUAGUUGGCAGCCUCAUGUAUCUAACUGCCACAAGAUCGGAUAUUAUGUAUGGGGUUAGUCUUAUUUCUAGAUUCGUGGAUAAACCAAAGGAAUCACAUUGGAAAGCUGGAAAAAGAAUUUUAAGGUAUAUAGCUGGAACAAAGACUUUUGGGAUUUUAUAUACAUCUUCAAAUGACUACAAACUGAUUGGAUGUACAAACAGUGAUUGGGGAGGUAGCAUAGAUGAUAGAAAAAACACUUCCCGGUAUAUCUUUCAUCUUGGUUCCGGUGCUAUCUCUUGGGCAUCAAAGAAACAACCAAUUGUGACCCUCUCAUCAGCUGAAGCAGAAUAUGUUGCCAAGCAGUAUGGAUGA